UUUACCUAAAACCACGGUGCUUCAAAGUUACAAUCCAUAUAAUCACUGAUCAGGCGAGUCGCAAAACGGAAGUCUUUUCUCUUCUCUCUCACCAAUUAUUUGUCGUUAGGCCGCGACCAGGAUCCGAUUCAGCGUCCUCCUGUUACUUCCCACCGUGCAUCCAUGACCUCCAAGUUUCCAGAUUACGAUUGGCAUGUCCAAGCAAGCAAUUCUUGCUGUCCCGCUUGUUAUGCCGCUGUUGAUGUUCCAGUGGAACAUAUGUCCGUCUAGAGUGGUCCGCCUAGCAUGCGGGCAAUCCAUACUUCUGUUGCAGUUGUGCACUCCCAAUUCAAAAGGUUCCGCGCAUAAUGUGAAUCCGCGUUUGGCGUAUUUCACCAGCGCUUCGGCAGUGCGUGGUUUGUCUUGUCUUCCAUGUAGAGUCGUGGAUUAAUGAAUCCCUUUCUGCUGCACGGCGUCCAUUUGGGAUACUGCAC